AUGAAACUCGAGCUCAAAACAGUAUUAUCUCCUCCUGUACAGCCUCCCGUAGAUUCAAGCUCUACGGAUGAAUGUGUAAAGGGUGCUGUUAUAUCUGCUAUCAACAUCUAUCAUCCCGGAUACCCUGAUACUUACAAUCCAUUGUUACGCUUUCUUGCUUUAGACGAUGGGGGCGUUUAUUAUGACCUUGUCUACUAUGCCUGCUGUAUUAUCGCUGGCAAUGUUGGCCUUGAAACCACGAAGCCUGGCCAUAUAACGCAAGCCAAAGCCUAUCUCGCUACAUCUUCAAGCUCUAAAGCAACCCCUAUCACACUACCUUCAGAUCGUAUCCUUCGUGAGAAGUUAUACUUCUUUCAUGUUUCUACAUUAAAUAACGGCAAGUAUUUAGCUUUAAUGGUCAUGUUUGUUACUAACGUUUCAUAG